AUGCAACCGCGUUCAUCAGACAGAACAGGAACUGGACACCCCCCAUUAGAGCAACGUAACUGGACAAUAUCCACUAUCAGGGCCGGAGAUAGAGAUGUCACAGAUCACUACACUAGUCAGAUCCAGCACGCGGGAGGAAGAGGGAAGGCGGUCAGCCCUGGGUUGCCAGACGCUAACCCAAUACCGGUGGACCCAUUCACAGCUACAGAUGUGAACCAUGCAAAGACUACGCAAACAAUGCCUGCGUCUACGCCUACGCCUACGCCAACCUCUGCACCAACACCCACACCUGCUGCCGCUGUACCUGUACCUGUAUAUGUCUCGUCUAACCUACAUGAAUUCUGGCCAAGACUUCCAUGGUCUCCUGUACCGAAACCACCACCCUUUGACAUGCAACAAAACAGAGUCACACAUGCCUCCACGAACGACAACUCUCUUUGGCAUGGCAUUAAGCUAUUAGGAUUCGGUAGCUACGGCGCAGCCGGCUUAUGGGUUGAAGCCGAUGCAGCAAACAACAUCUGUGACAGAAUGGUGAUCAAAGAAGCCAAAGCCUCUACACCAGGUCGAUGGCGCGAACCCAAGAACUGGCGAGACCGUUUGCUACAAGAAACACGUAUCCACCAGCUUCUCGAGGAACUUCGUGCCGCAAACUCGGCCAUGUGUCGCCACAUUAUUCGUCUCCGCGCACAUCGACUUUGGAUGGAAGAAAGAAGAUAUAGGUUGUACAUAGAUCUCCAUUCUGGCGGCGACAUAAACAGGGCAAUGACAUUUUGUGUUAGGAACUGGGAGAAGGAAAACCCGCUGACGAGAACAUUUUUCAUACCAGAGGGACUCGUCUGGUAUACCAUCAAAGCGCUCGGGACUGCUUGUCUGGUACUGCGCGAAGGAACCAUCGAUGACACCCUGGUUGACGGCUGGAGACCCAUCACCCACUUGGAUUUGCAGUUACCAAACGUACUUCUGGAUGUUUACACUCCACGGAUUCCGGAAGUCAAGGAAAAGUCGAAAGCGGGCUCCUCCAAGAGUGCUAGGCUCAACCGCGCUGACACUGACGAUUGGAGGGCUGAAAUGCCUCCUGUGAUGCCUAUUCUUGCAGACUUUGGUAUUUCCUUUUUCAGCCCGAACCAUGACGAUUGUCCAAUUACCGACAAUCCUAAUGACUAUGUCAUCCACGAGACUGACACGCGAUAUCCUCCUGAAAUGCACCAACAAGAUCCGCCGUACUUUCUCAAAUUGAAUGAGAAGACCGAUGUUUGGGGUAUCGAUAACAUUGCCUGGCGUCUCUUGUGUAACAAGCAAGCUGGUAAUGGAGGCCCGGUUCGUUGCGACUCCGAACCUUUGGACAGCACGAGUCCAGGUCCUAAGCCCAAAAUCCCCUUAGCACUUGCAUAUGAAUUCAACUUCACGAUAAACGACGAAACGGGUGUGUUCGCAGCGCAAAGCAGCACACAGUAUACUGCCGAGAAGUACCGGCAAUAGGUCAAAGAUCUGGUGCGAAGGUGCUUGAGUUUCGAUCAACUUGAUAGGCCGUCUCUAAAGGAGAUAAUAGCUGAGGUAGAUCGAGUCUUCUCGGUGGACGACAUUCUGACAGACCAGAUCACGGACAAAGACGGGCUGCAUCUCACUUUGCCAGAUACUUCCGCGUUUACCAUUGGACAGCCCGUUGAGAGAGC